UGACUCUGAGGAGUCUUAGCAAGGAAGUCCGACAGAACUAAAGCAACGAAACCUUCAAAGAAAUCAAUUCAUAUUUCCACCGCCCGCCAUCCCAUCAUUUUAAGCUCCCACCCCUGAAACAGCCAUGAAGCUCACCGCCCUCAUCAUCCUUACUCUCGGCAUGACUGUCGCAGCCCGUAAAUGCGCCUGCAAGGGCGGUAGAGCUCAUUCCAAGAAAGCCUGCGAUGUCUUGGGUCAUGUCUACGGCACUACUGGCUGCGGCUUCACAGGAUGUUGCGUUAACCCAGGGGCCGAAGAGGAAGCGUUUAUUAAUGAGUGUGGAACUUUGGGUUAUGGGUUUUUGCAGUGUAAUGAUUGCCCGAAGUGCUAGAUGAACGAAGAGAGUGGGAACAAAUUGCAGAUUUGAGAAGGUGUGAGUGUUAAAGAGGGUUAGUGGCGUUGAGAAGGGACAUGGAAAAGGGUUAUGAUCUGGGGAAGUGUCUAUAAAGUCUAUGUAGAAAUAGGAAUCCAACUACCAAUGCAUCACCACG